AUGGCGGCGUUUGCUGAUCUUAACGUUCCCUUUCUCGAUGAUCCACGUGCAACUGAAAAACUGGUUGCUAAAGCUGUUAAACUUGGUUAUGAGACUAUUGCAGUCUCCAAAACAUAUAUAUUCCAGAAUGAGGUGGAAAAAGGCAAGAAAAAGGGAAAGAGAAAGGUAACAGACCACGUUGCUGUGACACCAAUGAAUUGGGAUUCUCUUCCUUCCAUACAAGACAUGAGAAAAAGAAACCCCAAGUUGAAGUUUUACUCCCGGAUAACUGUGCCACUAGAGGAUCAGACUCAAGUUGCAACACUUUCAAGUGAGCUUGUGCAGUCAUUUGAUAUUUUAGCUGUUCGUCCAACAACAGAUAAACUUUAUCAGCAAGCUUGCAAGACGCUGGAAAUUGACAUUAUUUCCUUGGACUUAACGAGGAGACUUCCCUUUCACUUGAGGUUCCCAGCAAUCCAUGCAGCUGUCGAGCGUGGAGUACAUUUUGAGAUUAUUUAUUCGACUGCGUUGCGGAGUCCGUCGGAAAGAACCACAGUGUUGUCUAUUGCUAUGGACCUCGUUUUUUUCACUAAGGGAAAAAACAUUAUCGUUUCAAGUGGAGCGGAGGAAGAGCUUGAUUUUCGUGGACCUUAUGAUAUUGUUAAUCUGGGAAUGUUGUUUAAAUUGAAGGACGAGCAAUCAAAAGCGGCAGUUACAAAAAACUGUAGAGCUGUUUUGUUUCAUUCUGAGGCCAGAAAGGGCACAGAAAAGUCUAUAAUUUCAGGGAAACUGCUGUCUUUACACAACAAUGAGAAUGGAAAGAAUUUGGAUGGUACCAUAUGCAAUGAACAUGAAGUUAGUAAGGAUAGUGUUGAUCAAAACAGUGUAAUUGGAACUAAUGGCAAUGAAGAUAAAGAGCCAAAGGAAAAGAGAGCAAAAAUGCAAUAGGUAUUCUAUUUAAAAUAGUUUUUACUUGAAAUGGCGUUGUUUACAGUGUUCUUUGAUUUUGCCCAUGAUGUCCAGUAGAUAAUGAUAAAUGAUCUAUCUGAGAAAAAAUUGUCAUCCCGCAUUUUCUAUACUAUGAAUAUUGGUAAAAAUUAUUUGUGAUGUAUCUUGCACAUAGCAGUUACAUGUUUGCCAAGUGGAUUUUGAAUUAUAGAUAAGACAAGUAUCAGGUUUAGCAGCCCCUAUGACUCACACUCAUCACUAAACAACUUGAUAAUAAUAAGAUUUACAUUUAUAACAGAAGGUCUUGCGAGUUCAAAAAGCACCCUAGUCAUUGCAAUGUGUUACUAGUUUAAACAGCAUGCAAUAAGAGAAAUAACAUUCUAAAGGAAACUUGAUGAUGCAAAAAUGAAUAAUGUGGUUAAUUUGUGAUAUCACAAAUGUAAUUUUAUAUUCAUCAUUAACCUGGCUGGGUUGAGAUGACCUGGUUUUGUUGUUUUUUUGUGGGAGGUGGAGAGGAGUAGUUGUAACCACUUCUGAAAAAGAUUUUCCUCUUAAGAAAAUUAAAAGGUUGCCAGGAGUUACAAAGUCUGUAAACUAUUUGCAAGGAGUUUUUGUGCAGUCGGCAAUUCCAUGUAUGUCCAUCUUGCCUGCUCAGGUAGCCAAUCAGAAGACAGGGUUCUCUUUGUCUCACUUGCAGUCAGCCACAGAAGGAAACUCUGUAUAUCAUCAGUUCUAGUAAUAACAGGUUACCAACUUGCUAGUGUCCAAUUCAAUGCCUUCCUAUAUAGCAAAGGGAUCACCAUCUAUAUCAUUUUCAUUCCAUUUUGCUUUACUCUCCCCCAUGUUUUGAUGACUGUAACCAAUUUGUUAUUGUUUGUUUGCCUUCCAUUUAUGGUUAAUUAUGCAAGACUGUCACUUAGUCUCCCUAGACAUUGCCUUUUGGGAUGUCAUGCUGUGAUUUUUGCUUAGAGUUGGCACUCUGUGACAACCUUGCAUGCAUCCAAACCACUUUCUUCUCCGAAUGUUAGCCAAGCAAAGCUAAGGUUCCACUACUCAAGGACCCUCUCGUUUUAUUUGUAUCUCAAGUGUCCAAUUUGGAGU